CUCUCCAUGAGCAAGGAGAAAAAUCUAAGAACCUAAGAACAACAUCCAGGGAUCUGCAGACCUCUCUCUUCAGCUAAGACCAGCAUACAUGACUCUACCAUCACAAAGACGGGACUAAAAUGGGUUUCAUGGAGUAGCAAGGAGGAAACCACUGCAGGAGAAUCUCAGGCCAUCUGUCUACGAGCUGAAGCUGAAUCAAACCUGGGUCAUUCAGCAAGACUGAGCUAAGACAUACUUGCAAACCUGAAUGGUUGAAGAACAAUAAAUGUAACGUGUUGGAAUGCCCAAGCCAAAGUCCAGACCUAAACCCUGAGAUGCCGCGAAGACCUGAAAUAAGUUUAUUUUCAAAUAUCACUCACGGAGCAAUUCUGCAUGGAAGAAUUGGGAAAACGUCCUCUGCAGCGCCGUGGAGGACUAAUCAAUAACAACAAGAAGACUCAUUUCUGCCAAAGGUCUUUCUGGCAGCUGGAAAUGUAUGGUACGUGGUAGCCCAGGACCUAUGGCAUUAUAAUCUAAACUGCUAACUAUUUGGAGUUGAUAGAUCACAACGUUUACUGCGAGCGUGCGUUUAAAUUUAUUUUCAACGAUCCUGAAGAGGUAUGGAGAGUGAAACGAACGGAAAUAUCUCCAAACUUCACCUGAACAGCACCAAAGCAAAUGACAGGGUGGACCCAUACGGCUUUGAGAAACCUGAAGGUUAUGAGUCCCAUGAAGAGAAGAUGGCAGAGUACCUAGCUGUUCUCACCAGAAGGUCUGCUAAGUGGUCAAAACUCCUGGGGAAGGGGAACGUUAAGGUGGAAAAGAACCAGACGGUGAAGCGAUAUGUGCGUAAAGGUGUGCCAAACGAGCACAGAGCCCAGAUUUGGAUGGCAUCCAGCGGGGCCCAGGCUCAGCUCGAGAAGAACCCAGGCUACUACCACUCUCUCCUGGGCACUGAGCAGCAGCACAACCCCAAGCUGGAGGAGACCAUCCGCACGGAUAUGCACAGGACAUUUCCUGACAACGUGCUGUUCCAGAGCAGCUCUGAACCCUGUCUGCAGAAGGCUCUGUACAAUGUUCUGUUGGCCUACGGACACCACAACCCUGCAGUCGGGUACUGCCAGGGCAUGAACUUCAUUGCAGGCUACCUCAUCAUCAUCACUAAAAAUGAAGAGAAGUCCUUCUGGCUGAUGGACGCUUUGUUGGGAAGAAUACUCCCAGACUACUACAGCCCGGCCAUGCUGGGUUUGAAGACGGACCAGGAGGUGCUGGGGGAGCUGGUGAGGCUGAAGGUCCCGGCCGUGUGGCAGAUCAUGGUCCAACACGACAUCAUGUGGACCCUGGUGGUCUCCCGAUGGUUCAUCUGCCUCUACAUUGAUGUCCUGCCUGUAGAGACGGUUCUCCGGAUCUGGGACAGCCUGUUCUACGAGGGUUCCAAGAUCCUGUUCCGUGUCGCCUUGACCCUGAUCCACCACAGCCAGGCUGAGAUCGUGCAGGCGCACUCCAUGCCUGAAGUGUGCGAGCGCUUCAAACGGGUCGCCCAGGGAGACUUCACGUACGACUGCCACGCUUUCAUGCAGGAAAUCUUCAGGGAACCAGGAAGCCUCUCCAAGGCAACCAUCAAUAAACUGAGGGUGACCUGCCGAGAGCGGAUUUUGGCUGAGGAUACCAGACUCCGCCCCUGAUCACAGCCACCACUCUGAUGACAACCUGCAGUAUCUCUGGGCUUGAUCUUUUUGUUCAUCUUCCUUGGAGUUGGGCAAUAACAAUCUUUUUUCUUUCUCCCAAAACACCUGGAGAAAUGUGUAAUAUAUCCCAGGGACCACAUACAUAUUCAUAUUUAUCUUCCUAUAUUUUGAAAUGGACCAAAUUUCAUAUUAGGAUUAUUUUUGUACUGUGAAAAAAGCAUUUGGAACUUUUGUGGUAUUACAUUGGGAAUGUGGUUUGACUGUCUGGAGAUGGGUUGUAAGUACACCAAAUUUGUUACCAGAUCUUUCCGAUGUCUUUGAAACUACCCACAAAAGACCUACAGUACAUAGCAUCACUAGCAAGCUUGAGUUGGCAACUGGUAGCCACUCCCCAUAACUGCUGUUGCGUUUGGCCCAGGUAGCUAGCUUUGCUUCCGGUAACAGCACCCACUACCUCUUUCCUGAUUAAAACUCUUUCCCCCCCAUACCUGAAGUCCUUGGCAAAAUGUGAGGGCCUAGGAAGAAGGCUUGUCCAAAUCAACUUUCCCGAACCCAUUGGGAGUGGCUGUUAAUUGACUGGGCUGUAGGUAUAACUGGACAAUAUGAAAUUUAAUACUAAUAGUGCUUUUUGGAAUCUUGGUCUUUAACACAGCAACCCUGACCUGCAGAAACUGACUGAUGCUACUUUGGCAUUUCUGUCCCUGGCUCUGGUUACUCAGAUCAACUUUAAUUUUUACUUCUGAUGAGCCUACCCUGUCAGUCUUUGUCUUGUCUUUCUGCUGGCCGAGGUCUGCACUUUUAUUUGUUCUGCGAGUAUAUGGUUGUUAGGAUGGUUAAGCUUGUCUUACUAGGUUACUUCAAACACUGGGUUAACUUGUGGCUCAAUUUGUUCAUGUAUUUGGAAAUUAUCAGCGGCAUUAAAAGACACCGACUGUG